AUGGACAGGCUUGACUGCACGGAAAGAAAGCUGUUUAGACGGCUUCUUGGCUACUUUUGGCUUAGGGUUUGCCAGAAUGAGGAGCUUUACGCGGAAAUCCAUGGGGUGUGCCGGCUGGUCACACGUGGAAGAUACCAACAUCUUGCACCGCCAUCGAAAGUGGCUACAGAAAAUUGUCUUCGCUUCUUUGGACAUACAUUAAGGAGACCAAGAGAUCGCCUUGUUCAACGAAUUUUGAGGAGUUUGUCGGAUUCAAGCCGGAAGUGGCUACCUGGUAGAAAACGGAAGUUCUGGACUGAGGUGGUGAAAGAGGACCUGAGGACACUCGACGUGGAUAGGCAGUUCAGGCGAAACUUAAGGUUUCGCCGGGUAGGGAAUAUUCCGGGAUCGAUUCCGUGCAAACUCUCGUCGAAGAUCGAUGAAGGUUGGGCAGAGCUAUGUUCAAGGAGACACACCUCGGCGAAGAUGCGAGUAAUCGCGUCAGGCGAUGACAUCAGCCCGCUGGUUAAGUCAAGUCAAGUAAGCUAUCAUUCGUAUCUAUUAUCUAUGGUUUGUCUUCAUAUUACAGCUAACUGUAAAUAUGGUUUGACUUUGUAG